CUGUGUCACGUGACUCUGGUAAGGUGACGCAGCAGGGCUGGGACGUAAAUACGUAAGGAGGACGCGCCGUGACGUCAUGGUGAAAUUUGCAUUGCAGUUUAAAGCCUCUUUGGAGAAUAUUACUCGGCUUCGGCCGCUCGGAGAUGAUUUUCGCUGGUUCUUGAAGUUAAAGUGCGGGAACUGCGGCGAGGUGCCCGACAAAUGGCAGUAUAUCACGCUAAUGGACAGCACCCCCCUGAAGGGUGGCAGGGGUAGUGCCAGCAUGGUACAGAAGUGCAAGUUAUGCUCCAGAGAAAAUUCCAUUGAUAUUUUACGUCCUUCUCUGCAAUCAUAUAAUGCCGAGGACAGCGAGACUUUUAAAACGAUUGUUGAAUUUGAGUGUCGAGGCUUGGAACCUGUCGACUUUCAACCUCAGGCCGGGUUUGCUGCCGAGGGAGCGGACACAAGGACUCCAUUUAAUGAAAUUAACCUACAGGAGAAGGAUUGGACGGAUUAUGACGAAAAGGCCAAAGAAUCUGUGGGGAUCUACGAAGUGACACAUCAAUUUAAGAAAUGUUAAACUGAACAAUUGAUUCAAAUAAAUCCAAAAUAUUUAUGUUCCCUUUA